GCGCGCUGCCACCGGGCCCCUCCCGCCGCGGAACCCGGCCGCGCGGCGGCGGCUGCCGACCGGCGGGGAACGGCGGCGGACCGGGACCGGCACCGGCACCGGCAGCGCCAUGGCGAGGGACCCGGCCUUCGUGCUGCGCUACCUGGCCGAGGUGGAGGAGCUGGCCGAGGACGUGCUGGCGGCGCGGCAGCAGAUCGUGGACCUGGACGUGAAGCGGAACCGGAACCGGGAGGCCCUGCGGGCGCUGCAGAAGGACCCGGAGCCCGAUGGCAAGGCCAUGGUCUGCUUCGGGGACAUGUUCAUCGAACUCCCAAAAGCCCAGACCAAGGAGAUGCUGCGGAAGGACCAGGAACAUCUGGAUGAGGAGAUAAACAACCUCCGCAAAGAGCUGCGCCUGAAGGUCAACCGCCUCUUCGAAGCUCAAGGUAAAGCUGAGCUGAAGGGAUUUAACCUGAACCCCAUGACUGCUGAGGAAAUGAAACUAAUCAAUCGCAUCCUGGAGGGCUGAGGUGGCCGGGCCAUCAUCACGUCAUUGGGCUGGCACCCCUGGAGCUCACACUGCAAUAGCUGCAGCUUUCGGGGUUUGCAGGAGGACAUUGGCAUGGCCAGAGUCUGCCUCAAGUGAGAUCUCUGGCAGGUGCUGGGAAGCAUUUGGCUCCUUAGCUAUGACACUGCAGUUUUCUUGGAUCACAAACCCUUUCCUGCUCCUUGCUGGAGCUCAGGUGGCGGAGCCGUACGGAGGCACGGGCUGGGACACAGCGAUGGGCAAACGCCUGUGGCUGGUGGAAAUGGGAUUAUUAAAAUCAGAGCAAUGGAGCAUUCCUAA